AUGGCCAUCGACAUCGCGAAAGACCCAGCUGAGCGCCCCAGCUUGCGCCUGCCUAACCCUCCUCCGCUGCUUCACACUCGCUCAGGCAACGAGUCCUUCGACCGCCCCUCCACCCCCGCUGAUAAUGGCUUCACCAGCCCACCACAAACACCCCAGGGCAGCCCAAGCAAGAGUCGCAUGCCGCCAGGCGCACUAAACCUGCCGAAUGUCUUCGAGAAGGCCAUGAAACUGACCCCUACCUCGCCCUCCAAAUCCACCCAUAACCACUAUAACCACCCCAUGUUUACACCCGGCAGCAAGAGCAGCCUCGAAGACUUCAACGAGAGUGUCAUCCACCAACCUGCCAGUCCCACGCGCCGCGCAAACAAAGAGAAUACGCCUCCAAAUCUGAUGCGCACACCCAAGGACUUGGGCGUCAACCCCACCGCCGCGGCCAUCUCGCGCCACGAGCCAUAUCAAUCGCGCGACACGGACACUUCGUCCCGGCGUCAGCAAGUCCAAAUGCGCGGGCUGACUCCGGAGGAACUGGAGAAGCUGAACCAGCCCCGCGUCAAGCGACUGGUCAAUGUGACUCAACUCUACUUCCUCGACCAUUACUUUGACCUGCUCAGCUACGUUCACAACCGCCAAACCCGUCACACCCAGUUCAAGAACGCCUACCCCGACCCGCCUACGACUCCGGCUGAGGAGUAUGAGCCUGCUCUGCUGAAAUAUCUCGGUCGCGAACGAGCGCAUCUCCGCAAGCGUCGCACACGUCUGCGCCAGCAUGAUUUUCAGAUCUUGACCCAGGUCGGCCAGGGGGGUUAUGGGCAGGUGUAUCUUGCUCAGAAGAAGGACACCCGGGAAGUGUGCGCGUUGAAGGUGAUGAGCAAGAAACUGCUGUUUAAGCUGGACGAAAUCCGUCACAUUCUGACCGAACGCGAUAUUUUGACUGCUGCCAAGAGCGAAUGGCUCGUCAAGCUUCUGUAUGCCUUCCAGGAUGAUGAUCAAAUCUAUCUGGCCAUGGAAUAUGUGCCUGGUGGUGACUUCCGCACCCUCCUGAACAACACCGGCGUUCUCCACAAUCGACACGCGCGAUUCUACAUUGCCGAGAUGUUCAGCUGCAUUGAUGCCCUUCACGUCCUGGGAUACAUUCACCGAGACCUCAAGCCCGAGAAUUUCUUGAUUGACUCAACCGGCCACGUCAAGUUGACCGACUUUGGCUUGGCCGCGGGGAUGCUGAACCCGAGAAAGAUCGAGUCUAUGCGGGUCAAGCUGGAAGAGGUGGGUAACACUCCAGUUCCAUUCGGGCAGCCGAUGGAGCAGCGCACGAUGGCAGAGAGACGACAGGGCUACCGGACCCUGCGUGAGCGCGAAGUCAACUAUGCCAAAUCGAUUGUCGGCUCUCCAGACUACAUGGCCCCCGAAGUGCUCAAGGGCGAGGAGUACGAUUUCACGGUUGAUUACUGGAGCUUGGGUUGCAUGCUAUUCGAGGCCCUGGCAGGCUACCCACCCUUCGCAGGUGCGACGGUGGAUGAGACGUGGCAGAAUCUGAAGCGUUGGCAAAAGGUGCUUCGCAAGCCCGUGUAUGAAGACCCGAACUACUUCCUGUCGCGUCGAACUUGGGACCUCAUCACCAAACUGGUUGCGGCGAAGGAGCAGCGGUUCAAGAACAUCCAGGAGAUUCAUACGCAUGACUAUUUCAGCGAGGUCGAUUUCUCGCAUCUGCGGGAGCAGAAGGCCCCCUUCGUCCCGGACCUGGACUCGGAGACUGAUGCCGGCUACUUUGAUGAUUUCAGCAACGAGUCCGAUAUGGCCAAGUACAAGGAGGUGCACGAUAAGCAGCGCGCGCUGGAGGAGAUGGCAGACCGCGGCGACAAGAUGGGCAAGAGCUUGUUUGUUGGAUUUACCUUCCGUCACCGCAAACCCGCCGUGGAUAGCACGGGCCGCAACUCGCCCCGCAAACCCAUUGCGACGGAUGGCACAUUCGGCACAAUGUUUUAA